GCGGGUAAAAAUGUAAACAGAUCCAUUCUGAUGGAGGUUCGUUCUGUUUGGUAGCUCGCUUGACUAUCUUUUUGCCGUUUUAUCAUAAGUAAGUGUAAAGAGCUGCUCUUCUUUUUAUUCUUUUAUCGUUUCUACCUAGGCUUAAAUAUUACUCUACUGGUAUUUUGUUGUUAAACGCUAGUAACCAACGACAUGUAAACCGUUAGCUAGAGCUAGCGAGGGUUACAGCUCAACAGCUAAUAUUAGCAAACAUUGAUUAAUCAAGGUAUAUUAAAGUUAGUUAGUCCUUAAACUUUACUAGUUACCUACCGUGCCCGAUGCAACUUGAUGGAGGCCUACGACGAGUUUGUGCAGCAUCGCCUCUCCCAUCUAAGGAGAAGUGAGGAGAAAGACAACAAACCUCCAUCUCCAAACCUCCAAACCAUCCGCUUCUAUGGACGAGCAAUCCUUCCUCCCCUGCUCUCAGAGAAGCAGAGAGAGGAGAUGCAGCGACACAGAGAUGCAGCGCAGAGAGCUGCUGUCCCCAAGAGGAGGAUGUGCAAGGAGGAUUCAAGAAUGGCCUUUGUUCAAACCAUCCUACACAGUGUCCAGCUGAGGAAGACGCCAACACUAGAAGAGUUGCUUCAUGAGUCUGAGAUUAACACAAAAUCUUCAUGUUCCCAUAACACUAUUGAUGCUGCAGAAUCACAGUGCAGUUUAUUCAUAGGACCGAAGGAUGGUCCUUUGCGUUCACCACCACCCGAAAGGAAAGAAAAGGAUGGUGUUUCUCUUCCUCACUUGACAUCAACAACAUAUAGUACCUUCUUUGCCACAGUGACACCUCAGCAAAGUGACCAUGAAGGCUGCCUUAUCGACCAACAGUAUAGCCAGCAGGGAUCACAGCCAAUCCACCAGUCGGUAUCCUCUGGUUAUUUGACCCAGGAGAAUGUUGAGAACAUCACCAGUGUCUCUGGAAGGUUUGAUGCAGAGAAAGAGAGCCAUGGCUUUGGCUCGGCGGAGGACGCUUAUAAUAAUAAUAUGAGUGGCUCGUUACUUCGCAACACAUUAAACACGAUCGCCAAGAUGCCAGAUAUUAUUAACUACCCGCCCAUAGAUGGAGAGGAAUUGGAAAGGAGUGGAUUGGAGUCAUCCUUUUGUAAUAACUUAAUAUAUGUAAAAGACAUUUGUUGCACCUCGUUCCAAGAGGAUUCGGUGAUGUGUGACUCUCCACUCGAAGAGAAUUCUGACAGUGUUCAUUUCGGCAGCCGAGAAGGUGGAGAUAGCCUUUCCUUUAGUGUAGGGCUUGAAGUGGACAAAGAUAACAAUUUGAACACAAUUGAUGGCCCAGUCUCCUCAUCAGAAAGCAGUCGCCUUGCAGACAAUCUAGAGUUGUCACAGACAUUAAGUGCUGAUCGCAGUCCAACAACCGAGCUGCACAUUGAGCACGACUCCACAGAAUCGGAGCCUGUGGAAUACAAUCGUCUGAGGCUCCAGGCCUUGCUCAAGAAAUCUCAGGAGUAUCGGGGGCGCCAGCGGAUGCUCAGGAACCAAGCCAAAAACACUAGAAUUCAGGAGAGGGCCCAAGAACAGACAAGGGCAGAGGAGAGCCUCUCUGAUAAAGAGAAUGAUGAGUUCCCUGGCAAAACCACUGUGACCACAGAGGGGAACAACACUAGAGAGAGGAGGGGCGCUUUUAUCCCGUCUGUCGAAGCGUUGCCAAAGAAGUCUCGGAAAAAGGAGUACAUAAUUGAUAGUGAGUUUUUUAGGGGAAGGGCUAACUUUAAAUUUGAAAGCACAAAUUUAACAGGAGAUGAACAUACUAAGGAAAUCACUACUAUUGAGGAGGAAACAAUCUUCAAAAAUACUCAGCUGAAUGGUUCCCAAGAGGUCAUAACAGAGCCUAAACAAAUCCGCCCCGUUCUCCUUCAGGAACGUGCGUCAACUGAGACCUCGCCUAUUCAGGAAGAUUUUCACUUGGCCACCUGUCCCGUCGCUUUUUAUAAUGGUGUAGGGAAGUAUCACAAUAUUCCAGCCCCUAAUUUAUGUAUGAGUCCUGUGCACUGCAAGAGCAAAGGCAGUAUCCAAGAUGGAGAAUUUCUCAAUGUGGCCGAGGCCUCAAAGAAAGUUUUUGUGAAUGAGACAGGUUCGAUUGACGACUCAAAGGUUAAAGCAGUUCCGCCCACUCGGAAUCUCAUGGUUGAACCGGAUAACACGAGCCCUUCAGCCAAGAAUUCCCAGCACAUGGAUCAGCUCGAGUCCAACCUGUCCAGCCUGAAAGUACUGAUCUUGGAUCUGGAGUCCACGCUGACAGAAAACCUGGAGAAAAGUUACGAAGAGUGGCCAAGAAGACCGUCAUCAGAAAAAUUCAAGAAAAUACAGGGAGAUACGCGUCCUGAACUGAACCGUUGUGACACAGACGAUGUUCCGCUCAACGUGCAGGUGAGAGAAACCGAGGCAGUUAACGUAAGCGAGCUGAGGAUAGUCAAAACCUUAGCUACAGAGAGAGGAAAGGAGAAAGGGACAUGGAAAGAAGAACUUGGAAAGAGUUGUGGACAACAUGGGGGCAGUAGAAGGCCUCCUGUUAAAUGCAUCCUCUCUGCGACACAGCAGAGAGUUCCUGAUGUAUUCAGAACCACGGCUUGGCGUAACGCCUCGGUGCUUUCGGACUCCAGUAAGCGUCCAACAGAAAGCAGGAGUGGGGCAGCCGGGGAGAGUCAAGACUCUUCACAAUCGCCAUCCCUCAACCAGUCGUAUGACGUGGAGGAACCGUCCGGCCUGUGGCUCCUUGACGGGUCAGGAUCCGACAUGGGUUUGGAAGGUCAUCUCGUUCAGGACAAACACCUGACAACCGAUACUGGGGGUGAGGGUCAGGGCGGGACGUCCAAGGUCAAACGGAGGCUGCUCAUGCACAUGACGGAAGAGACACGGGACAGGAGGGCGGACGCCAGCAGAGGAGCAUGCACUCCGACGGUGACGUGGUACGAAGGCCAUGGCCGUCAAGAAAACAAGCAGGAAGAACUGAAGAGGGCCCACGCUGCUCAAGUCCGAGCCCUACAGGAGGAGCACCAGAGACAACAAGAAGAACUCUUGCAGGCAUUGGCAGUGCGUUACCGUCUCCUCCAGAGCGUGUCCUCUCCUUGCUCCAUGUCAAGCUCACAUGUUGGAGACACGUUGACCUCUUCUACUGUCACUCGGUCGUCCGGCCCAUCCUCAGCGCACCACCACCCCCUGCUGUUAGCAGCUGUCAAAGGCUUCCUGGCUCGCAGGCUUCUGAAGACUGAGAGAGUGGCGCAGCUGGUGCGCACUAUCAGGGACACACAUCAGUUCCUCUUGGCCCUCCAGCAGCGGAGCCCUGGCAGAGGAGAGUUUUCUAGCAGACAGGAUCUUUUAUUGCAGGAGAGAGUCACUCUGCAGCUGCGCGCUGCACGUUACGAGGUCCACGACAUCUUCUUCAGCCUGUCAGCCGUGGAGAGGAUGCAGCUGAUCCGCUGGGACAGAGAGCUGGCCAAGGAGAGAGAACAGAGAAGACAGAGUGGGCACACAGGCCAUCCCAGAGGAAAAAGUUCUCUGUCAACUGCAACGCAAAAAUCCCUGGAGAGAAAGAGAGGAAGGAUGAUGCAGAAAAAAGCAGCAGAAAGGCACGCAGGAGUUAUGACAAAGGAUGGACAUAAUUCUGGAUUCUCUGCCCAGCAGCCGCCUGCAACCAAACAAGGAGAGUUCAGAGCAAAUCCUCAGAGGGUCCCCAAGAGUUCUUACUCUAGACCCAGAUGACACUUUCCUAUUUGGCUCCAUUGAAGACUCCUAAUACUCAUUUGACUUUCCAGUUGCUGAUGACCACAUACUGUAUCUUUGUAUUUAUGUUCAUAUUUAUUUUCACUCUACAACCAGGGUAAACCAUAGUGAUCGGAGUUCCACCCACAUUCGCAUUGAGUGGAUGGGUUUAGGAUAAAACAUGAGUUAACAAAGAGAAAGGAGUGAUGAAUAACACUAAUGGUGGCUCCAUGCUAUUUGGAUGUCAAUGUGUUAAGGAUUGCUCUUCGGCUACCUUCUCGAAACUAGGAACGCAACCUUGGAUAAGGGGUAACAAAAUAGACUGCUCUGUUAUAAAUGGUGACAAGUCGAGAAUCUUAAGGUAACCCAUGGCUACAAGCCAGCAUGCCAAAAUACCAAGACUCAGAAACCAAAACAUUUGCUGGAACAAAGCCACGAUGAAAGAUAUUAUUUACACCUCAAAAUGUUUCCUGCUCAUCAGGUUUUUUUUUCAGCUCUCAAUGUUUUUCCAUUUGUCUGAGGUUAAAUCUCUACUUUGAGGAUGGACUUAAACAUGGAAUUAUUCAGAUGCCUUAAAUUGAUGUGCCUAAUUCACUGCCACCAAAAACUGUCCAUCUCCAAAUGUAUUGGCCCAUGUUAACUAUGUACAACGGAAAUUAACUGAUUGUUUUUACAUAAGUUUCAAUAUGCAGGUUCAGUUCUUGGUGUUACUGUGAGUCUGCUAUAUUUACACUGUUUAUUUAUUUUAUAUUUAUUUGCGUGUCGUUGGUAAUAAAUGUUUCGGAACACUUGAA